CGAAGACUUCCAUCAGCAUCGCAUGGCAGAAGCCCAAUUAUGAUGGCGGUAGCAAGAUCACAGGAUACCUGAUUGAGAAGAAAGAGGGCCAGAAGGACAGAUGGACGAAGGCUAACUUGACCAAUGUUUCUGACACACAUUAUACUGUGACAGGACUUACUCAGGAUGAGACCUAUGAAUUCAGAGUCAUGGCAAAGAAUGCAGUUGGAUCAAUUAGCAAUCCAUCCAUCAUUGCAGGCCCUGCAACUUGCGUUGAUACAUAUGGUGCCCCUGAGAUUGAAAUUCCUGAUGAAUAUCGCGAGGUUGUGAAACACAAAGCUGGAACCACUGUCGAGCUUAGAUUUGGAAUCAUUGCCAAACCAGCACCYACAAUUGAGUGGUACAAGGACAGAAAGGAACUUGAGUCCGGUGCCCAGGCUCAGCUGGUACAGAAGAACGCUGCUGAUAGUUCCACUCUUAUCAUCAGAGAUACCACACGUCUCAACUCUGGAACAUAUGAGAUGAGGCUCAAAAACUCUUUGGGCUCAGCAUAUGCCUACGUCAGAGUACAAAUUCUUGAUAAACCAGGACCACCACCUGGCGAGAUUCAGCUCAASAAGGUCACUGCUAACAGUAUCACCAUAAUGUGGGAUCCUCCUGAGGACGAGGGUGGCGCAAUGGUAACCCACUACAUUGUGGAGAAACGGGAGGCCAGCAGAAUUCAAUGGUCCAUUAUCUCUGAGAAUUGGGCGGAAUGUAUUGUGAAUGUCCCAAGACUGAUCAAAGGCAAUGAGUACAUCUUCAGAGUCCGAGGAGUGAACAAAUAUGGAGUUGGAGACCCACUGGAAUCUGAACCCGUAGAAGCAAAGAAUGCAUUUGUUCCUCCAAGUCAACCUUCCAAGCCUCAAGUCACCAUGAUCACACACUCCUCAAUGACGGUGGUAUGGGAAAGACCUGGAAUUGAUGGCGGAAGUGACAUUGAUGGAUAUUACCUGGAAAAACGAGAGAAGACAAGCUUGCGUUGGUUCAAGGUUAUCAAAAACACCAUUCGUGAUACAAGACAGAAAGUCAGCAACCUGCUCACAGGAAAGGACUAUCAAUAUCGUGUAUGUGCUGUCAAUAAGGCUGGAGCUGGUCCAUACUCCGAAGAGUCUGACCUCUUCAAAGCUGCUGAUGCAGUUGACCCACCAGGUGAACCAACCAAACUCAGAGUGGUCGACUCCACCAAAACAUCCAUCACCCUGGGCUGGGUGGCGCCAGUGUAUGAUGGUGGCAGCGAGAUCACCAGCUACAUCGUUGAGCAGAUGACCUCUGAAGAAAGGGAAUGGGCUGUCAUCAGCCACAAUGGAGAAGUGAGGACAACAGAGUAUGUUGUGAAUCACCUGAAACCAGGAACCUAUUACUUCUUCCGUGUAUCUGCUGUCAACUGUCUGGGACCCAGUCAACCAAUCGAGAUGUACCAGCCUGUUCAAUCCAAGGAUAUUCUUGAGGAGGCCGAUCUUGAUUUGGAUGUUCCCAUGACAACUCAAUACACUGCCAAGGCAGGAAGGGAUAUUGAGGUGUUUAUUCCUCUGAAGGGCAGACCUGCACCAAACUGCACAUGGAGAAGACAUGACAAGAACAUGGCCAGCGAUGCAAGAUACACUAUCACCAGCACAGAACGUACAACAGUUCUUGUCAUUCCAAAGGUCACCCGCGACGACUGCGGCAAAUACUACCUGGAGAUUGAGAACGGUGUUGGCGAGUCCAAGUUCAUCACUGUGUCUGUCAAGGUUCUUGACACCCCAUCCACUUGCCAAAAACUGAUCAUCAAGAAUGUCACCAGAGGCAAGUUGACCCUGAGCUGGGAWGCUCCUCUYAUCGARGGUGGUUCRCCAAUCACCAACUACAUUGUGGAGAAGAAAGACGCUAACAACAGAGCGUAUACAGUCGUGUCAUCAGAYUGCCCCAACACAUCAUACAAGAURGACGGUCUGUCYGAUGAAAUCGCKUACUUCUURAGAGUGUCUGCUGAGAAUGAGCAUGGUACUGGUGAUACAUGUGAGACUGCAGAGCCAGUCAGGGCCACUGAGACCCCCGGACCAGUCAAAGAGCUGGUCAUGACAGACGCUACUAAGACAUCAGUGACUCUUCACUGGACCAAGCCCGACCAUGAUGGUGGUAGCUACAUUUCAGACUAUGUCAUUGAGACGAAAACUAAAGAAGAAGAAACCUGGACUGUUGCUACAACAUGCAAGCGUUGCACAUGUGAAGUUACAAACCAGAAGGAAAAUUCUGUUGUGAACUUUAGAGUGUUUUCUAAGAAUGAGAAGGGCAUCAGUGACUUCUCUCAGAUUGGGCCCAUAACAGUAAAGGAGUUCAUUAUUCCACCUGAGGCCAACAUGAUAGAUUAUCCAAAUGGCGAACUCUUUGUUCGUGUCGGUCAAAACAUCCAUAUUGAGAUGCCAUUUAAGGGUAAACCAAAGCCAUCUGUUGGAUGGAUGAAGGAAAACAUUCCUUUGAAAGAAAGUGAACAGAUUCGCUUCCGUGAAACAGACAACAGAGUGUCUAUAACAGUCAGAAGCGCAAAGAAAGAGAAUGCAGGCCUAUACACAUUGGUUCUGAACAACAAGCUUAUCAAGAACUUCUUUGACAUCAAUGUGAUCACUCUCGGACCCCCCUCUGUGCCAGUUGGACCGGUCCGAUUUGAUGAGGUCAAAGCACAGGGCAUCAUUAUAUCUUGGGAUGAACCACAGGACAAUGGAGGUGGAGACAUCACUUGCUACAGUGUGGAGAAACGAGAGAUGGCCCAGGCUAACUGGAAGAUGGUUUGCUCCAGUGUGGUGAGGACAACGUUCAAGAUACCCAACCUGGUCAAGGGCACAGAGUACCAGUUUAGAGUACGUGCAGAGAACAAAUACGGAGUGAGCGAUCCUUUAAAUUCACCAGACGUGAUCGCCCAACACCAGUACAUGCCACCAGGUGCACCAGGAAAACCAGUCACAUACAACGUUACCAGUGACGGCAUGACUAUUCAAUGGGAAGCACCCAGCUUUGAUGGCGGCUCACCAAUCACUGGCUACCAUGUUGAGAAGAAGGACAGAAACAGCCUGCUGUGGACUAAAGUAAAUUCCAGCAUCAUCUCUGCCCGUGACUACAGAAUCAUUCAGUUGAUUGAAGGACUGGAGUAUUCCUUCAGAGUCUAUGCAGAGAAUAAUGCUGGCCUGAGUCCCGUCAGUGAACAGAGCAAACAUGCCCUCGCAAUCUCCCCAGUUGAUCCACCUGGUACGCCUAACGUCAUUGAUGUCACAAGAGAUACUGUCACUCUCAAAUGGGAUAUACCCAAGAAAGAUGGAGGAUUUAAGAUUGUGGCAUACAGUGUGGAGAGACGUCAAGGUAGAGGCAAAUGGUUGAGAUGCAACUUCACCGACAUAAAUGAUUUGCAAUUCACCAUCACCGGACUUUCUGCUGGUGAUCGCUAUGAAUUCAGAGUGAUUGCCAGAAAUGCUGUCGGUACAGUCAGUCCACCCUCACAGUCAUCGGGCUAUGUCAUGACCAAAGAUGAAAGUGUUUCUCCCGACAUUGAGUUCAGAGCCGACACUGCGCUUGUGUACAAGGCUGGUGAAAACAUCAAACUAAACUGUAGUAUCACGGGUCGACCAGUGCCUCAGGUCAUAUGGUACAAGGACGGUAAAGAGAUUGACAAGAUGAUGUUGAUUGAUAUUACCACUAACAUCGGCUCCAGCCACCUGUUCAUCAGAGAUGCUGAUCGCGACCAUCGCGGAGUGUACAUGGUGGAAGCCAAGAACAGCUCUGGAACAAAGACAGAGAGUGUCAACAUCAGAGUCUCAGAUACCUCUGGACCACCUGAGGGACCAGUGCGUUUCACUGGUAUCACUGCAGAAAAGGCAACUGUCUGGUGGAACCCCCCAGAGAACGAUGGAUGUGCUGCAAUCCUCUGUUAUACAGUGGAAAAGAGAGAAACAUCUAGGAUCUCCUGGGCAAUGAUGACAAGCAAGUGUGAAGCUUGUUCAUUCAACGCCACCAAGCUGAUCAAGGGKAACGAGUACCAGUUCCGUAUCUCUGCUGUCAARAAGUUCGGAGUUGGACGUCCUCURGACUCMGAURCAUUCAUUGCACAGAUGCAAUUCACCGUUCCAGAAGCCCCAGGAACACCAGACGCCACAAAUGUGACUGGAGACACCAUCACAAUAGGCUGGACAAGACCCAGAUCAGAUGGUGGAAAUGAGAUKAAYCACUACAUCCUGGAGAGACGUGAGAAGAAGAGRUUGCAAUGGGUGAAGGUUUCAUCCAAGAGGCCAAUCACUGAGCUCAGACACAGAGUGACACACCUGAKCGAAGGUAAUGAYUAUGAAUUCCGUGUCAUGGCUGAAAARGGUGCCGGAAUCGGACCAGCAAGCAGCACAUCAAGACUCUUCAAGUGCAGYGAGCCWACAAGRGCWCCAAGUGCUCCUUCWCUGGUGAAGGUCACCGACUCCACAAAGUCYUCUGUCACCCUGGAAUGGAUCAAGCCUGUGUUUGACGGUGGUAUGGAGAUCAUUGGCUACGUCAUUGAGAUGUGCAAGGCAAGCCUUAAUGAAUGGCACCAAGUCAAUAGAGCAACUUGCAUCAACACAACAUACACCGCUAAAGGUUUAACGGCUGGUGAGGAAUAUAGGUUCCGUGUGCGUGCAGUGAAUGGGUCUGGAAAAGGAGAAGCAUGUGUAGUUCCUAAUCCAGUGCAAGCUGUUGAUAGACUGACAUCACCAGAAAUCACACUUGAUGCAGACUUCAAACAGACACACGUUGUGAAGAACGGGGCCACCGUCACUCUUCAUAUUGCCUUCUGUGGUAAACCAGCUCCGCUGGCUACAUGGACCAAGGCAGGUGGAGAACUUGGUGUUAUGGCAGAUGUCAACACAACUGACACAUACAGUACCUUGACCAUUGAGAGCUGUACCAGAUUUGACUCUGGAAAAUACACCUUGUUGCUUGAGAACAACGGUGGCCGCAAAUCUAUCACAUUGACCGUAAAGGUGCUUGAUACACCUGGACCUCCAGGAGCUAUCAGCUUCAAGGAUGUGACCAGGGGAGCUCUGACAAUGCUGUGGGACGCUCCAGCCAACGACGGCGGAGCCCGUAUUCAGCACUACAUCGUAGAAAAGCGUGAGGCUAGUCGUCUCAGCUGGAAGUCAGUCAGCGAAAAAUCCUCACGCCAAAUGAUCAGAAUGACCAACCUAGAAAUAGGUGUACCUUACCUGUUCAGAGUCAUCGCUGAAAAUAUGUAUGGCAGAGGAGAACCCUGUGAGAUGACUGAACCGAUUACUGCAACUGAGGUCCCUGCUCCACCCAAGAGUCUUGACGUCAUUGACACUACUAAUUCUACUGCUAUCUUGGCCUGGCUGAAACCUGAACACGACGGUGGCAGCCGCAUCACAGGUUACAUUGCUGAGGCCAAAGCAAAGGGCUCUGAUCGCUGGAUUGUUGGCGGUCAAACCAAACACCUAAAGUUAGUCAUUGACGGCUUGAUUGAGAACACAGAAUAUGACUUCCGCGUCAAGGCUAUCAAUGAGGCUGGUAUCAGUGUCCCAAGAGAUGCCUUAGCAUCCGUUGUCAUCAAGGAGCCCAAGAUUGAGCCCACAGCAGAUCUCAGUGGCAUAACCAACCAGCUCAUCACAUGCAAGACUCACGAUGCAUUCACCAUUGAUAUCCCCAUCAGUGGUAGACCAGCUCCAAAGGCCACCUGGAAACUGGAGGAGAUGAAGCUAAAAGAGACUGAUAGAUUGAUCAUCAAGACUACCACAGAAAAGACCACCCUGGUGGUAAAAGACAGCAAGAGAGCAGACAGUGGAAAAUACUACCUCACUCUGGACAAUGCCGCCGGAGCAAAGACAUUUGCUGUUACUGUCAACGUUGUUGGAAGACCCACUCCACCAGUAGGACCCAUUGAAAUAUCUGCAGUGUCAUCAGAAGGCUGUUCAUUGGCUUGGACAGCACCAGAGGAUGACGGUGGAACGGAUAUAGACAACUACAUCAUUGAGAAACGUGAAUCUGGAUCUACAUCCUGGCAAGUGGUGAACUCAAGUUGUAAACGCACCACGAUCAAAGUUAGCCAUCUGACCAAAUACAUGGAGUACACCUUCCGUGUCUCUGCUGAGAGCAAGUAUGGGGUGAGCAAGUCCAUCGAAUCCUCAGCUGUUGUCAUUGAGCAUCCAUUCGUUCCACCAAGUCCACCAACUCGCCCAGAUGUGGUGACAGUAUCUGCUACUGCUAUUGGGAUCAAGUGGGAUCUGCCAUAUGCUGAUGGCGGCAGCAAGGUGACUGGAUACUGGAUAGAGAAGAAGGAGAGAAACACCAUUCUUUGGGUCAGGGAGAACAAGCUUCCAUGCCUGGAUACCCAAUACAAAGUCUCUAGUCUCAUUGAAGGCCUGGAGUACCAGUUCAGAGUUUAUGCUAUGAAUAUUUCUGGUCUCAGCAAAGCCAGUGAGGCCUCAAGAUCAGUAGUGGCUUUGAACCCAGUCGAUCCUCCUGGUAAACCUGAGGUGACUGAUGUCACAAGGUCCUCAGUAACUAUUGCAUGGGGUAUACCAUUCAAUGAUGGUGGCAGCAAGAUUGUCGGAUACAUCGUUGAGCGCAAGCCAUGGAGUGAUGAUGAGUGGGAUAAUGCCCGCUGGUUGAAAUGUAACUACACCACCAUCACAGAGACUCACUUCACAGUUGGAGGACUGGGUGAAGCAGAAAUCUUUGAAUUCCGUGUCAUUGCCAAAAAUGGAGCCGGAGUUCACAGUGCACCAUCUGAAACAACAGGACCGAUCACCUGCAAGGACGAAUACACUCCUCCCAAGGCUGAACUUGACAGCUCUCUUGUUGGAGAGCAUGUCACUAUCCGGGCUGGAUCAGACCUGGUCCUUGAUGGUGUAAUUGGUGGUAAACCCGAACCCAUAGUAUGGUGGGCCAAAGGUGACAAGGUGCUGGAGCUGGGAGAGAAAUACUCCCUGACAUACACCAGUUCAAGAGCCAUGGCCAUCAUCAAGUCCUGCAACAGAAACGACACAGGAAGAUACGUUCUGACCGUGAAGAACGCCAGUGGAACCAAGACAGCGUCUGUCAAUGUUAAAGUACUCGAUACACCAGGGCCUCCUGAGGAAAAGGUCACAAUCACCAGGGUGACAGAUGAGAAGUGCACUGUGUCUUGGAAGAUCCCUCUGGAGGAUGGUGGAGAUCUUGUCACUCAUUACAUUGUUGAUAGACGUGAGACCAGCAGACUCAACUGGGUGAUCAUGGAGACCGAGUGCAAGACUCUGUCCUGUGUCAGCUCCAAACUGAUCAAGAACAACGAGUACGUCUUCCGUGUCAGAGGAGUAAACAAGUUCGGACCUGGUGUGCCCUUGGAGUCCGAGCCUGUCAUCGCCAGAAACGCAUACACUGUCCCAUCACAACCUGGAGCACCAGAAGUCACGGCUGUAGGAAAGGAGCACGUCAUCAUUGAAUGGAUGAAACCUGAAAGUGAUGGUGGAAGUGAGAUCAAGAAUUACCUGGUGGACAAACGUGAGAAGAGCAGUUCCAGAUGGACCAGGGUCAAUAAGACCUUUACCAUCUAUGACAUCCGCCUGAAGAUCUCUGGUUUGCUGGAAGGCAGUGACUACCAGUUCCGUGUUACAGCUGUGAAUACAGCUGGAAACAGCCAGCCAAGUGAAGCCUCUCAGUAUGCCUACUGUAGAGAGCCAACAUACACUCCAGCCCCUCCUUCAAUUCCACGUGUGGUAGAUUCCACCAAGCAUAGCAUUAGCUUGCAAUGGACCAGACCCAUGUAUGAUGGUGGCGCUGAUGUUGUUGGCUACGUGGUGGAGGUGCUUGAGGAAGGGACCGAGCAGUGGUACAGGGCCACUCAGAAGACUUUGAAGACCAAUUCGUUUGUUGCCACUGGACUUCAAAGCAACAAGAAGUACAGUUUCCGUGUCGCAGGAGUCAAUAGCAAUGGCACUGGGGAAUUCAGCGAACCUAGUGUGGAAAUUGAGCCUGUUGAGAAACUCUCAAUCCCUGAUCUUGAGCUUCCUGAUGAUCUGAAGAAGAUUGUGUGUCUGAGAGCUGGUAACACUCUUAGGCUGUUCGUCAAUGUGGCUGGAAGACCGGCUCCUGUACUGACCUGGAGGAAACCUGGCAUUGACCUGCAMAGCCGUGGGUUCAUUGAUACAACUGAUAGUUACACUCAACUGAUCGUUGAGAAGGUCCAUCGUUACGAUGCCGGCAAAUACACCAUUGAGGCUGAAAAUCCAUCUGGCAAGAAGUCAGCAACCAUUCUCGUCAAAGUUUAUGAUACUCCUGGACCACCUGGUUCAGUUAGAGUCAAAGACUACACAAAGGAGUCUGUCGUCAUCACAUGGGACGUACCAACUAUUGACGGCGGAGCCCCUGUGAACAACUACAUUAUUGAGAAACGUGAAGCUUCAAUGAAAUCCUACAAAACAGUUACAACAGAAUGCAYGAAGACCUUGUUCAGAAUUACUGGCCUGGAGGAAUCAGUACACUACUUCUUCAGAGUGUUACCAGAGAACAUAUACGGUGUAGGAGAACCAUGUGAAACCCCUGAAUCAGUGUUGGUCUGUGAAGUACCCAGCCUCCCGCAGGAUCUGCACAUUGUGGAUAUUGGAAAGUCCUCCGCCUUACUUAACUGGGAGAAACCUCUUCAUGAUGGUGGAAGCAGACUGACGGGCUACGUCAUUGAAGCUAACAUCGUUGGAUCAGACAGAUGGAGUGCAGUGGCCACCGUUAAACAGUCCAUGUCCCGGCACACCGUCACUGGUCUGACAGAGAAGGAGACGUAUCUCUUCAGAAUCAGAGCUACCAACACCAGAGGAGUUAGCGAGCCUAGGGAGAUUACAGGACCUGUGGUCAUUCAGGAACAACUACUGGCGCCCUAUAUUGAUCUGGCCGGCAUUCCACAGAAGGUUGUCCAUGUGCCAGCCGGCAAACCAAUCGACCUCAAUAUUCCUAUAAAGGCCAGACCUGCUCCAGUUUGCACCUGGUCCUUCAAUGGUGUUAAAAUGAAGGAUAGUCUUGACCGGGUUAAGAUUGAGUCUAAUGGAAAAUACACCAAACUGACUGUCCGUGAGACAACCAUUGAUGACACUGGUAGCUACACUCUUCAAGUAAAGAAUUCUGUAGGAACUGCGACAGAGAUACUUAAAAUUAUCAUUCUUGAUAAACCUGGAAUACCUAUUGGACCGAUCACAGUUGAUGCCGUUGAUGCCACAUCUGUAACGGUCAGCUGGGAGCCACCAGAGAAGGAUGGCGGCGCCAACGUUAGUGGCUAUGUUGUUGAGCAGCGUGACGCUCACCGCCCCGGAUGGCUACCAGUGUCCGAAUCUGUCACAAGACCCACAUUCAAGUUCACCAGAUUGUCUGAGGGAACUGAAUACGUGUUCCGUGUGGCUGCAACAAACCGCUUCGGCAUUGGGGGAUUCUUGCAGUCUGAAGUUGUUGAAUGCAAGAGUCUCAAGACCGUACCCAGUGCACCAAACCGACCUGAUGUACUGGAUGUGACUCAUGAGGGAAUGACCAUCACAUGGCAGCCACCAGAAGAAGAUGGAGGCUCCCAGGUGUCUGGAUAUAUAAUUGAGCGUAAGGAGGUCAGAUCUGAAAGGUGGAUGAGCAUCGUUAAGAACCCAGUCACCAUGACCAGAUACAGAUCAUCAGGUCUGUGCGAAGGCAAUGAGUAUGAGUUCCGCGUGAUCGCCCUCAACUCCAGAGGCUCGAGCAAACCCAGUAUGGCAUCUAAACCAGCUAUCGCCAUGGAUCCCAUCGAGCCUCCUAGUGCACCACAGUUCCCCAUGGUCACAGACACAACCAGAACGUCUGUGUCUCUGGCCUGGAGUCCUCCAGAGGAAGAGGGUGGUUCUGUCAUCACUGGUUAUCUGAUUGAGAUGCAGAAGGUGGACCAGGUGGAAUGGACCAUGUGCAACACGACACCCAUAAAGAUCUGUGAAUACACUCUGACGCACAUGCCUCAGGGAGCUGAGUACAAGUUCCGUGUGAUGGCCUGCAACGCUGGUGGACCCGGAGAGCCAGUCGAGAUCCCAGGAAUCGUCAAGGUUACAGAAAUGCUUGACUAUCCCGAUUAUGAACUGGACCUCAAAUAUGAAGAAGGCUAUGUGGUCAGACAGGGAGGAGUCAUCAGGCUGUCUGUGCCCAUCAAGGGUAAACCAGUCCCUAUUUGCAAGUGGACAAAGGAAGGCCGAGAUAUCUCUCACAGAGCUAUGAUUGCCACCAAUGAUGAUAUCACUGAACUUGUGAUCAAAGAAGCCCACAGAGAUGAUACUGGCACAUAUGACCUGGUCCUGGAGAACAAAUGUGGCAGGAAGGCUGUCUACAUCAAUGUUAAAGUGAUUGGACGUCCAGACGCACCGGAAGGUCCUCUUGAGUUUGAUGAUAUCCAGGCUCGCUCUGUAAGAGUCAGCUGGAGACCUCCCUCUGAAGACGGUGGCUCUGAUAUCCUGGGUUACAUCGUUGAAAGGCGAGAGGUAUCAAAGGUAGCAUGGUACACUGUGGACUCAAGAGUGGUGGACACAGCUCUGGUGGUCAAGGGGCUGAAGGAGAAUGUUGAAUACCAUUUCAAGAUCACUGCUGAAAACCAGUUUGGUGUGAGCAGAUCUCUCAAAUCAGAUGAAUGUGUCACUCCAAAGACACCGCUGUCUCCACCAGAACCUCCAAUCAACCCACCAGAAGUUAUGGAUGUCACAAAGAGCACUGUUGCUCUAUCUUGGGGCAGACCAAAGGAUGAUGGUGGCGCCCGCAUUACAGGAUACUACGUUGAGAGGAGAGAGGUGUCCACAGAGAAGUGGGUGCGUCACAACAAGACACACAUCACCACUACAAUGUACACUCUCACUGGACUCAUCCCUGAUGCUGAAUAUCUGUUCCGUGUCGUGGCACAAAACGACAUCGGUCAGAGUGAACCUGGACCAGUAUCUGAAAAUGUUAUAUGCAAAGAUCCAUUCGACAAACCCAGUCAACCAGGUGAGAUUGAUAUAAUCUCCGUUGCCAAAGACUGCAUCACUAUUCACUGGCUGCGCCCAGAAUGCGAUGGUGGCAAAGAGAUCCUGGGUUACUGGAUUGAGUUCAGACAGUCAGGUGAAAGUGCCUGGAAGAAAUGCAACAAGGAGCGUUCCAAGGACAGACAGUUCACCAUGGGUGGUCUGAUGGAGGCAACAGAGUAUGAGUUCAGAAUCCUUGCAGAAAAUGAAACAGGAAUGAGUAGACCUCGCAGGACCGCCAUGGGCAUCAAGACUAAACUGAGCUUGGGAGAGGCUCCUAGUCUCAAGGAAGACAUGGCAGAUGUCAUCACAAAACUUGGUGAAUCAGGAACUCUGACAUGCCAGAUUAUUGGACGUCCCCUUCCUGACAUCAGAUGGUACAGAUAUGGCAAGGAGCUGAUCCAGAGCCGCAAGUACAAGAUGAGUUCUGAUGGUCGCAYCCAUUCACUGACAGUGGCCACAGAUGAACAGGAAGAUGAGGGCAUAUACACUUGCAGGGCCGCCAAUGAAGCCGGUGAAACAGAGUCCAGCGGCAAGCUGCGCUUGCAGGCCGCACCUGCUUUCCACCCUGGAUUCCCAUUGAAGGAGAAAUACACUGCAGGGUGUGGAACAAGUCUUCGUCUCCAUGUUGUCUACAUUGGCCGUCCAAUUCCUCAAAUCAUGUGGUUCUAUGCAAAGAAGCCGCUCAACGCGUCUGAAAACGUGAUAAUUGAAAACACUGAGAGUUACACUCAUCUGGUUGUAAGGAAUGUACAGCGCAAAACAAAUGCUGGAAGAUACAAGGUGCAAUUGACCAACAAAUUUGGAACUGUUGAAACCACACUCAAGGUUGAAAUUCAAGAUAAACCUACCAAACCCGAGGGACCUAUUGUUGUUGAUGCUGUMUUGAAGAGCGCAGUGAUCAUCAGCUGGAAACCACCGAAGGAUGACGGUGGAUCAAUGAUCACCAACUACAUUGUGGAGAAACGAGAAGCAAAGGAAGGCGAGCAGUGGCAUCUGGUGUCAUCAUCAGUCUCAGGAAACACUUGCAGGAUUCCAAAUCUGAUUGAAAGUGCUGGAUACUACUUCCGUGUUUCUGCUCAGAACCAAUAUGGAGUCAGUGAGGCACUUGAAGUUCCUGGUGUUCUCAUUAUCAAAAGUCCAUUCGAAAAACCUGGAAUUCCCAUGCAGCCUGUUGUCACAGAAGUGACCAACGAUUCUUGUCUUGUGUUCUGGAAACCACCAAAAGACGAUGGAGGUGCAAAGAUAAAGAACUAUUUCCUUGAAAAACGAGAGAAGAAACAGAACAAAUGGAUCACUUGUACAUCCAAUAAAAUCCAUGAGACACAUUUCGCUGUAAAAGGCCUUCUUGAGGGCUUUGAGUAUGAGUUCCGUGUGAAAUGUGAAAACAUGGGUGGUGAGAGUGAUUGGAGUGAGGUGUCAGAGGCCAUCAUUCCCAAAUCAGGUCUCACAAUGAAACCUCCUGUCUUCAGAGAAGAAAUGAGACCAGAGAUGAUUGUGAAGUUUAGAUCCAAUGCUACAUUUGUCACCAAAAUUGUUGGACAUCCCAUCCCCGCRGUGAAAUGGUAUAAGAAUGGCAAAGAAAUUGUUGCAGAUGGUACCAAACUCAAAUUGCAAGAAUUCAAGGGAGGUUAUUACCAACUUGUUAUUGCUAAUGCCGAGGACAGCGACGCAGGUGUCUAUCAAGUCAGGGCAACAAACCAAGGAGGAUCCAUCUCUACAACAGUGAAUCUGACUGUUGAAGUUCCUGCCAAGAUCCACCUACCUCAAGAACUGCAAGGCAUGGGAGCAGUUCAUGCUGUAAAGGGUGAAGUGGUUACCAUUAAGAUUCCAAUCAGUGGCAAGCCCGACCCUCAAAUCCAAUGGCAAAAGGGACCAGAGAUCAUGGGAUCAUCUGCUCACACUCAAGUGAUUGUCACAAGAUCAUUUACUUCACUCGUCUUCCCCAAAGGAGUUCAGAAGAAGGAUACAGGUUACUAUGUAAUCACUGCCAAGAACAGAUUCGGAGUUGACAAACAGACCAUUGAAGUUGCCGUGGCAGAUGUACCAGAUCCUCCUAAGGGCAUUAAAGUCAGUGAAAUCACUAGAGAUUCCAUCACUCUAACCUGGAGUCCUCCAGAAAAAGAUGGCGGAAGCCCUAUCAUUAACUACAUUAUUCAGAAGUGCCCCACAUCAGGUGACAGGUGGAUCCGRGCWGGRKAAACCAACGAGCCUAAAUACACAAUGAUCGCUCUGUUUGGCAAGACGAAAUACCAGUUCCGUGUCAUUGCGGAGAACCAGUUUGGUCUGAGCGAUCAUUCUGAACCAACUGAGCCUGUUACAACAAUAGAAGAUAAAUCCGUUAUCAGAAACUAUGAUGAAGAAGUUGAUGAAGCUAGAGAAAUCACCAAAGAGGAGGCACCACAUUCAUCAAAGAUCAAGAUGGUGGCUGCCCAGUACACAAUWUCUGAAGAGCUGGCACGUGCCGGAACYUUUGGCGUUGUUCAUCGCUGUGUUGAAAACAAGUCCAAGAAGACAUUCAUGGCCAAGUUUAUCAAYAURAAAGGUACUGAUCAGGAGCUGGUUGCUAGGGAAAUUGAGACACUCAAUCURMCUAAACACAAGAACUUCAUGUACCUACARGAGUCRUUUGACAGUUUGGAAGAAAUGGUCUUGAURUARGAYUURAUCUCAGGRGUGGACAUCUUUGAAKGACUUGGCACAGGCAACUUUGAGCUCUCAGAACUGGAGAUUGUUAYGUACCUGAGACAGGUGUGCUCAGCUCUGAAGUUCUUGCACAAACUCAACUAUGCUCAUUUUGAAAUCAAACCUGACAACAUUGUCUACACCACAAGAAAGAGCACAAARAUCAAAAUUAUUGAAARYGGCCAGGCUAGAUUACUGACUCCUGGAGAAAAUAUCAGAAUCAAUUUCACUGCACCAGAGUARUGUGCACCUGAAGUCCACCGRCAUGGWCUUGUCAGCACUGCAACUGACAUGUGGUCAGUUGGUGUYRUAACGUAUGUGCUCCUCAGUGGACUUAACCCRUUUGCAGCAGAAUCAACCACAAAAAUMAUUGAYAAUAUCUCAAAUGCAGAYUACARKUURGACAGUGAGGCRUUCAAAGAGACCAGCKUCGAAGGRAUGGACUUCUGUGACAGACUUCUMUGUAAAGACCUGAAGAAACGUAUGACUGCUCAUGAAGCURUGGAACAUCCUUGGCUUAGYUUGAAGCUGGAYCAKCUCAGCAKAAAYACUAUKAAYACAUUGAGACACAGAAGAUACUACCAGACGUUGGUGAAGAAAGASAGAGAGACAAURGUCUCAMCAGCMCGUGUUGCUUURGGUGGUGGKUUCAGYAYUUACAGAGGUUAUGCAGUUGGCAAAGUCAAGAUUGCGRACCCUYRAGAAGGUCUGAGAGCCGGUCCAGUCAUGCAUGGAUCUUCAGAGGAYGGUGGYCAUGUCAGAUUUGUUUGCAACAUUGAAKARUARGARGAAACCACAAAAGCAAUMUGGUACUUUGGCACCCGCCAGUUAACAGCKAGUCACAAAUAUGAAAUCAGCUACWUCAAUGGAYUUGCUAGCAUCUACGUCAAGGAAAUUGAAYCAUCUGACGAUGGUGUCUACAGAUGCAAAGURYUCAGUCAGGARGGUGAAGAUAYRYCCUAUGGAGAACUCUURGUUGAAACUGUGAGAUGCUARCGUGAACACUURAURGGACGCUCACUCACAAAGAAGAGAAAGCUUGAUAAGCAAAGACUUAUGCAYAGACCACCAGASUUCACUCUGCCUCUGUACAACCGRYCUGCUUACAURGGUGAAGAUGUUCGUUUCGGUGUAACCAUAACAGUGCACCCAGAGCCAACAGUAACAUGGRUGAAGGCUGGWCAGAAAAUCAAACGAGAUGAUAAYAAGUACACUUUCAUUAGUGACAAGGGUCUUUAUCAAUUGAUGAUCCACAAUCUUGACCUUGAUGACGAUGCUGAAUAUACUGUUAUGGCCCACAACAAGUUUGGUGAAGACAGUUGCACAGCACGUCUUACAGUGACACCUCACCCUGUUAGUGAAGACACCAUGAGGCCAAUGUUCAAACGGCUGUUGGCUAACGUGGAGUGUGUAGAGGGCCAUAGUGUCCGRUUUGACUUGAGYGUCUCMGGAACACCUGCACCAARCRUGAAGUGGGAGAAGGAUGGCAGGCCARUGGAAUUCAACCAACAAAUCYCAGUUGURCAAGAGGAUGUAGACUAUCACGUUCUGCAUGUCAGAGAAACUCUUGUUGAGGAUUCAGGUCUUUACAAAGUUACWGCAACAAACUGUGUUGGAUCAGUGWGUUGCCAGGCRACACUGAAGGUGGACCGCAUUACAUARAAYAGYAGAGWAUAUAAGAGUGAGGCGGAACAACAGAAWUAUGUUCAACAACAAAUUGACAAGACACUGAAAAUGGCACAAKGCCUUUCCACCACUGAAGUUACUGGARUCAACCKAGCGGCUCAAGAGGCUUUGAAACARGCUGCAGACAUAUACAAGCCYGSAGUGAGRACCAAACACUGRGAGGGRGAAUUUGAUAUCACAGAAGAAAAACCAUURGUAKAMAUCGAGGAAAGGAAACUURGCAUGCCAUAUYAAAUUCCUGAGRCACGUGUCCAUGAUGCAAGUGCUCUGGAUGAAGACCUGUUGAUUAAACACUUUGUACCUUUGUCUGACAUGAAGUGGUACAAGAAACUCKGAGAUCAGUARGAAAUGCCUGAGCGGAUGGAGAAGAURGUACAGAAGAGACAGAAACGKAUUCGUCUCUCCAGGUGGGAGCAAUUCUAUGUKAUGCCCCUUCCUAGAAUUACUGACCAGUARAGGCCWAGAUGGCGUAURCCYAAGCUCACYCAAGAUGACUUGGAAACAGUAAGACCAGCAAGACGGUCACCUUCUCRUGGAUCKGAGGCAUCCUUCAGYUCAAGAAGACGCUCCCUYGGUGAUAUGAGRGAUGAAGAGCUUCUGCAGCCCAUUGAUGAUUACCUSUCAAUGAAGAAAYCUGAYSAYGAAAGGCUCCAACUUGASGAGGAGCUUGAACUUGGCUUCUCUGCCUCCCCACAAYGCAGCCCUGUCCGMUUCGAGUUYUCUGCUKUGCGUCAUGAAGKWAAMAAACAUMUUGCAAGAAGAGAAGUAUCACAAGUAACCGAGCACAAGYUCAAGAGAACAYAAGUUUCACAGUUCWUGAGGAGGAGAAGAUCACUGUCUCCUACAUACAUUGAGCUGAUGCGCCCUGUUUCUGAGCUUAUAAGAACUCCUCGCCCACGUCCUCUGGAGCCAGAGGAGAUCAUCGAAAGGAGAUCCCCCACCCCUGAGAGGACGCGUCCACGCUCCCCCAGCCCCCCAGCUUCAGCUGAGAGAUCCUCCCGCUCAUCCUCAAGAUUUGAGAGGUCAGCCAGAUUUGACAUCAUGUCCAGAUACGAGUCAAGAAAGGCUGCACUGAAAUCUGAGCGCAAGUACCAGACGGUGACCCAAACACCCUUCAGCCUCGACCACGCCCCACGUGUGACUGUGAGAAUGCGUUCCCAUCGUGUGCCAUGUGGUCAGAAUACGAAGUUCACUCUGAAUGUCCAAGCGAAGCCUGUGGCUGAGAUCCAGUGGUUUCAUAACGGACAACUGAUUCAAGAAAGUGAGAAGUUACGCUUCACAAACAUGAGUGGAGUGCUGUCUAUACAGAUCCGUGAUUGUCAGGCAGAGGACAGUGGCACGGUGAAGUCCCCUCCGCCAGUCAAGUCUCCUGAACCAAUCACRUCGCCUCCAAAGGUGAAGUCCCCUCCUCCUGUCAAGUCACCUGAACCAAUCACCUCGCCUCCAAGGGUGAAGUCCCCUCCCCCAGUCAAGUCUCCUGAGCCAAUCACCUCACCUCCAAGAGUGAAGUCCCCUCCUCCUGUCAAGUCUCCUGAACCAAUCUCCUCCCCUCCAAGGGUGAAGUCCCCUCCUCCAGUCAAGUCUCCUGAGCCAAUCAUGUUGCCUAAGGGAGUGAAAUCACCUCCCAGAGUCAAGUCUCCUGAACCAGUUGUCUCGCCUCCAAGGGUGAAAUCCCCUCCCCCAGCCAAGUCUCCUGAACCAAUCGCUUCGCCAAAGGUAGUGAAACCACCUCCCCAAGUCAAGUCUCCCGAACCAAAGGUUGUGAAAUCACCUCCUCAAGUAAAAUCUCCUGAACCAAAAGGAGUGAAGUCACCUCCUCAAGUCAAAUCUCCUGAACCAAAAGGAGUGAAGUCACCUCCCCAAGUCAAAUCUCCUGAACCAAAAGGAGUGAAGUCACCUCCCCAAGUCAAGUCUCCUGAACCAAAAGGAGUGAAGUCACCUCCCCAAGUCACCUCACCUAAGAGAGUAAAAUCUCCACUAACAGUGAAAUCCCCAACUCCUAAAGCUCCAAAUAUUAUCCACCAACUCACAGCCAAAGCCUCAGAAGACACAGUGAGAAUGUCCUGUGUAUCUGAAAGCAGCGUGAGAGAAGUUGUGUGGUACAGGAAUGGAAUGAAACUGACACAGAGCAGCCACUAUGAGUUCCAUAUGUCUGUGGAUGGACAUUGUUCUCUCAUUAUCCAUGACCUCUCUGAGAACGACCAGGGAGAAUACUCUUGUGAGCUCAUUGCAGAASGAGGAGUCUCUACUAAAUCUUCAUUCUCAUUUGUUGGCCAAGUGUUCCAAUCCAUCUACACUAAAGUCACAGCUUAUGUGCAGCAGCAGAUGGCCAUGAAAGUGAAAACCGAACAGGUAUCAAUGAGUCAAAAAGAAGCAUCUAUGGCUUUAGCCUCCCAUACAAGUUCAGAACAGGUCGUUAAGAAAGAAAUCCAUGGAGGAGCUCAGAUGAUGAUGAUGGGGGAGAGUGCUGCUCUUAGCAGCAUGCAGGAAAGCUUCUCUUCCCAAUCAGUCCACAUGGCUUCUUCAUCUUCUAUGCAUCAGGAGACCUCUUUCAGCAGUUCCAGUAUGGCCAGUAUGUCUAGCAUGGCUGCCAUGGCUGCUGAAAUGCAGAUGGAAACCAUGUCUCUAUCUAGCAUGUCUUCCAUGACAUCUUCCCAUGCCAUGAGCUCCAGCAGUAUGGCUGAAAUGAUGAGUCACUCCCACCUAGAGGGGUCCUCCAUGAGAUCUAUUGCACAGGGUAUGCUAGGUGCGACAGGGGCACCAAGAAUCGAAGCUCUCCCAGAGGACAUCACCAUUGAACUUGGAAAGGUUCUCACCGUGGCCUGUGCUUUCUCCGGAGAGCCCACCCCUAACAUCGAAUGGUCUCGCGGUGGAAGAAUGCUGCCCGGUGAGGAGCAUGGCGGUAGGUUCCACAUCGAGACCUCAGAGGACCUCACUACACUCAUCAUCACCACUGGAUCGAUAGGCUCCCAUGCCUCAGCUGGCUCAACAGGCUCCGAUGCCUCAGCGGGAUCGAUAGGCUCCCAUGCCUCAGCUGACUCGACAGGCUCCGAUGCCUCAGCUGACUCGACAGGCUCCGAUGCCUCAGCUGACUCGACAGGCUCCGAUACCUCAGCUGGCUCAACAGGCUCCGAUGCCUCAGCUGGCUCAACAGGCUCCGAUGCCUCAGCUGGCUCAACAGGCUCCGAUGCCUUAGCUGGGUGA